AUGUUGAGUAAAACCUUCCUCACGGUCUUAUUGGCAACUGCCACCACUGCUUCUCCUCUCCUGAGGCGUGAUUUUCCAUAUGGAACCACGCCUGUUCGAGGAGCCAAUAUUGGAGGGUGGCUGGUUCUGGAACCUUGGAUCACACCGUCGAUAUUUCAACAGUUUGACGGCAGUGUCAUAGAUGAAUACACCCUAACCAAGAACAUUCCCAAUGCCGGUGACAUCUUGAGAAGUCAUUGGGACAGCUGGGUCUCACUUGGCGACUUCCAGAAGAUCGCAGAAAAUGGAUUCAAUCUAGUUCGUAUACCUAUAGGAUAUUGGGCGUUUCAGAAGUAUCAGGGGGAUCCGUAUAUCCAAGGUGCUGCCGACUACCUAGAGACGGCAAUUGGCUGGGCGAGACAGACUGGUCUCAAGGUCUGGAUUGAUUUGCAUGGUGCACCACUUUCACAGAAUGGAUACGACAACUCUGGUCAACUGCUUUCGACGCCCGGCUGGACAACGGGAGGCUCGGUUAGUGCAACUCUGGAUGUUAUUGGAAUCAUUUCGAAACAGUACGGGACUCCAGAGUACGCUGAUGUGGUUGUUGGAAUCCAACUUCUCAACGAACCUUUAAUGUCUGCUCUGAGCGGCGGCAGAGGCGCAACUCAAGGCUAUUAUGAGGCAGGAUACAAUAUCAUUCGCGAAUCAGGGCAAACACCAGUCGUGAUCCACGACGGAUUCGCCAACCCCUCGCAAUGGAACGGCUUCCUGACCGGACAAGGCAGCAACGGCGCAAUCGUCGACCACCACGAAUACCAAGCAUUCACACCGGAACUCCUGGCCCUCUCGCCCUCCGAACACGUCGACUAUGUGUACUCGAACGCCAACAAAUGGGGCACAGGACAGGACAAGUUCGUCGUCGUGGGCGAAUGGUCCGCGGCGCUGACCGACUGCGCCCCAGCUCUCAACGGCUACGGCAUCGGCGCCCGGUACGACGGCACAUACUCGAAGCGCCAGGCCGACGGCUCGUAUCUGACGUCCUCGUACAUCGGCUCCUGCGCAAACGUAAACUUCAUCGACCAGUGGACCCAGGCCCAGCGUGGCGCGUACGCGAACUAUAUCCGCGCGCAGCUCGACGUCUUUGAGAGUAAAGUCCAGGGCUGGAUUUUCUGGAACUUCAAGACCGAGGCCGCAGCCGAGUGGGAUUUGUUUCGUCUUAUUGAUAACGGCGUGUGGCCGCGUUCUUGA